AUGGCCAACCAACAAUUGGGUAUCUUUGUAAGAACGCAGCAGGAUAUCAAACGUGAUCUCAAGCUUCAAGGACAUGUUUCACUCAGUGGAUUACGGGUCUCCAACGGCCAUAUGCUUGCCGUCAUUGAUGAUCGAACACUGCUUCAUCAGCCGCUUUCAACAAAUAAUAAACACACAGAAAUUAAACUGCCUAUUGGAACUUCUGACGCUAUUUCAAACAUAUUUCUGUCUCCUCUUGGACAGCAUUGUAUAGCAACAACUAAACAAGGAGAAAACUUUUACAUUCAGAUGAAGGCCAAUACGGUGUUUCCUUUGAAGAAAAUUAAGGGUGUGUUGAGUUGCGUAGCUUGGAAUCCAGAGUGCAUAAAGGAAGGCGAAACUGGCAACAUCCUUCUGGGCUCUACGAAAGGUGCAAUUAUGGAGACUGUCAUCACUGCCAAUGGUGUAGUUAAUUUCGUAAAAGAGCACACGCCAAGUUUUGGUGGUGAGAAAGACCUCGCGAUUUCUUCCAUGUACAUUUAUCUGAUCAACGACGAUAAUGUAAAGGCGACGAAGUGGUUAUUGUUGGUAUGCCAACCCGGCCGUCUAUACUCUGUAUAUGCCUCAAUUGAUAUGUCACCUCCACCCAAAAGCAACUAUAUGAGUGCUGCAAAUUUACAAGCUGGAUGGAUCACUAUGCCUGAGACGCCUUUGCAUAUAUUUCAUCCAUUUUUCUCAAUAAAAGAUUCCCAACAAACCUGUAUGUCCAUGCAAAGCUCGAAUUCCCCACAGACUUUGCCAGAUUUGAGCACUCUUGUGAUGCAUCCGCCACAUGGAGAACCGAGUAAAUUCCUAUGGCUUGGUCCUACAGGCAUCACUACCGGAAAAGUCAAUCUUUCAGCUGAUAAGCCAAGGGAUAUAAUGGAAGAAGUGGAUCAUAUAGAUCAUCGACGUGUCGAAGGUCGUCUCGAAUGUCCACUUGGAGUGUGCUUAAGCGAAUAUCAUAUGCUGUUGGCGUAUCCUCAUAAACUGAAUGCACUAUCCAUCUACACGAAAACAGUUGUGUAUGAAGAUAUUUGGCCACAGGAGUUCGGAAAUGCUGUCGGUCUCGUGAAUGAUCCAACCUCAGAGUUUCAAUGGCUUUUCACAAAACAUACAAUAAUGAAAUACAAGCCCAUGGAUGAAAGCAGAUAUGUGUGGCGUGUUUUCCUCGAGCGUGGCGAUUAUGCAAAAGCGCUUACAAUAGCAAGAAGUAGGCUGCAGAUCGAUCCUGAAGCUCAUGAGUUGGUGCUAAAGAAACAAGCCGAUAAGUAUCUAGCCGAUGGAAAUUACACUGCUGCAGCAGAAAUACUUGCACAGUCCACUGAAGCUUUCGAAGCAGUUGUUCUGAAAUUUAUGGCAAAUGAUGACGCUCGUCGUCUCGGAUUGAAAACAUUGCUAGAAAAGAAACUGGACUCUAUGCAACGUCCUGAGGACAGAAUACGUCGAGAUGUCUUGGUAGUGUGGCUUCUAGACGUGCAACUAUGCGAAUUAGCGGAUUUACGAAGAGAAGGAAAAGAACAGGAAAAUGCAGAAUGUGCUGCACGUCUUCAAAGAUUUUUGAUGAGAAAGAAUGUUCACGAUGCCGUUGUUGUCAAUAAGGAUGCAGUUUAUAAGUUAAUGGAAUCACAUGCAGAUUUUGACUCGCAGCUGUUUCUGAGUAAACAAAUUGGAGAUUUUGAGAAGGUUAUAGAGAUCCAUAUGAUGAGAGAACAUUAUAGAGAAGCUCUGGAGAUAAUGAAAAACCAGAAUGUACCUGACUUUUACUACAAAUACUCGCCGAAACUAGUAAAGUACAUUUCAAUGGAGCUGCUAGUAAGCCUCAUCGGAAAUGAUCGAGUUCGGCCACAGAAGAUGAUCCCAACUCUUUGUCUUUGUCAAGAAUCCACUGAAAUGGCCACCCAUGCUCUCAAGUACCUCGAGUGGGCUGUGACGACCCCUAACGGAGCUCAUGAUGUGGAAUUGCACAAUUUGCUGGUUGUCUUGUAUGCGAAAUUCCGACCGAAGAGACUGCAUGAGUACUUAAUCAAAUGUGGUUUGGAUAAGACUUCUUUGCCAUAUGAUCUGGAUUUUGCCGUAAGAACAUGCGUACAGCAUAAAUUAGAAAAAUCAACUGUAUUCCUGUAUUGUGUCUCUGAGAUGUUCAACGAUGCGGUGGACUUAGCACUAAAGGCUUUCGAUGAAGACGGUAUCAAUAUGGCCAAAGAAUGUGCUCACAUGAUGGAUCCCGACGAAGAAGAUGUGAUCAUGGGGCUCGAACCGAAAUAUCCUGUGGAACAAAGGAGGAGAAUAUGGCUAAAGAUAGCGGAAUUUGUCAUCAGCAAAGAUGCCAAUGCCAGCAAAUCUAUCGGGUUACUAAAGGAGUCCGGUGAUGUUAUAUCAAUACAGGAUAUCCUACCGUUCUUCCCUGAAUUUACAAAAAUUGAAGACUUCAAGGAGCCUUUAUGUGAAUGUCUUCGAGAGCACUCGAUCAAAAUUAAGGAUCUCCAACAGUCUAUGAAAGAUGCUACCGCUAUUGCGAAAGAGAUCAGGGAAAAGACUCAAAAACUAAAGAAUCGAGUAACUGUUAUCAAAGCUGGUGACGUAUGUGCUGGAUGUGAGCGAUCUCUAUUUGGAAGGCCUUUCUUUGCACACGCCUGUCGUCAUUUUUUCCAUCGUGAAUGCCUGGAAGAAGCUAUGAUGCCAUUCUUGACUGAGGAAGCAAAAGCUCGUCUCGACGAACUAGUCUUAAGAGAAAAGCGUCUGCUUUCACAACUACAAGCAGAGGAACGGGUUUCAUCUUCAAAUGAGGCUUUUAUACAUGAUCGAGAGGCAAGAUUCGCUAACGUAAGCAGCGAUAUAAACGCGAUACUUGGCUCAGAUUGCCCGUUGUGUGGGUGGAAUGCCAUUGAACUCAUUGACAAACCGUUUUUCACGGAUGAAGAAUAUGAAGCGGACAAGGAAUCAUGGCAAACUUCUUUGUUAUUUGAAAAUUUUAGGAACAUUAUAUGA